UGGUUUAAUGUGAUUCUGCCUAUAUUAUUACGUUAUCACGGGUCAAGAACCAUUAUCUUAAAUUAAAAUUACAUGAGCUCAGAUAAAAGCAUGGUUCACCAUUGAACAAGUUCACUUUAACUUGGGAUCUAGCCGGCUGCAAGUAACCAAGUGUUAUUUAAAUUACUUGUUAAAAUAUAUCAAAAUGCAGCAUAUCAAAGAGGAAUUUCACCACAAACUAAAAAUGGGUGCCAUAGAGGAAGUCUCUUCUAACAAGAUAUUUGGGGGUUAUCAAAAGGUGUACUCCCAUGAGUCUUCUGAACUAAAAUGCAAAAUGAACUUUUCAAUUUACCUGCCACCUCAAGCUGACGGUGGGGAUGUAAAGCUCCCGGUAAUCUUCUAUCUAUCCGGACUCACAUGUAAUGAGCAAAACUUCAUUACCAAAUCUGGCUUCCAAAGAUAUGCUGCCGAGCAUGGUAUCAUUGUAGUGGGCCCUGAUACAUCUCCCAGAGGUGUGAAGAUACCAGGGGAUGAUGAAUCAUGGGAUUUUGGUGUAUCUGCUGGAUUUUAUUUGGAUGCUACUCAAGAGCAAUGGUCCAAAAACUACAGGAUGGCCAGUUAUGUGAAUAAGGAGUUGUAUGAAUUGAUUCAGCAAGCAUUUAGCAAUGUUGUUGACCCUAAGAGGUUCGGCAUAAUGGGGCACAGUAUGGGAGGUCACGGAGCUUUGGUUUCCACUCUGAGAAACCCUGGUUUAUAUAAAUCUGUGAGUGCAUUUGCGCCUAUCUGCAACCCAACUGCCUGCCCAUGGGGUGUAAAGGCCUUUACUGGAUACUUGGGUGAAGAAAAGAGUAAAUGGGUUGAAUGGGAUGCUACUGAGCUUGUCAAGAAAUAUGAUGGUCCUCCACUGACACUUCUCAUUGAUCAGGGAAGUGCUGACAAAUUUUACAUUGAGAAACAACUUCUACCCGAGAAUUUAGUCGAGGCCUGCCGCUCGGCUGGAGUGCCCGUCAUCCUUAAUCUACGAGAAGGAUAUGAUCAUUCAUACUACUAUAUUUCGACCUACCUCAAUGAACAUUUCGAGUUCCAUGCGAAAAUACUCAAGGCCUAAUUUUAAGCAUUGUCUGACGGAUGUCUCAUACAAAUUGUAUAUUUAAAGUAUU